AUGGCGGCAACCAUGGAGGCUAGUACAGACUUUCCGCUUAGCGUCUCUUUCAGAUCUGCUUCAGAUACCGCAGGUCGACUUCUUCCAGGAUUGUCUGAUGACAUUGCCCUGAUGUGUCUGGCGUUGGUUCCCAGGGGCUACUGGGGUGUCCUGAAAUGUGUAUCUAAAGCCUGGAGAGGCACACUCAGCUCAGAAGAUAUAUGCACUGCUCAUUUGACUCCUUUCACCAUGAAUGGCAAGCAGCAAGUAGCAAUCUACAACGAUUCCACAUCCCCAUCAGUCAUUUUUUAA